UCCUGCGCAACCUCUUACCUCAGUGUGCGUUGAACAGCCUUCGACAUUACACGUGUUUUGUGUUUGUUAAUUCGUGUUUUGUGUAUCAUGUGUUGUUUUGUGUUCUCUUAUAAUGGAACUAGGUGACAGAAGGAACUGACAGUUGUUUAAAAUGGAGGGCGUCCGGGUAACCCACCAAGGGCUGAAAGCUCACACGCCCGAAGGUUCAGCGGGUCGUAUCACGCAGGCCGGGCUGGCAGCUCGCAGUCCAGAAGGAACUGCAGCAAAGGGUAUGGCCAUAAAAGGCCAUGAAGAUCUAUGGGUUGAGAUUCAGGCGAAUACAUUCCGAAAUUGGGUGAAUGAGACAUUAAAACCUGUGGAUAUAAAGGUGGUUGACCUGGUCGAAGAUUUGACAGAUGGGACAGUCCUCUGCGCCUUGGUGGAGGCACUCCAAGGUCGUAGGCUUAAGGGUUGGAGUAAAAACCCAACCAACCAGCACCAUCGGUUGGAAAAUUGUACAACCGCCUUACAAGCUAUUGAAGAUGAUGGGGUCAAACUGGUUAACAUAGGAAAUGUGGAUAUUGUGAAUGGAAAUCUAAAACUAAUCUUAGGAUUAAUUUGGUCCCUCAUCGUCCGAUACCAGAUUGGAAGAAGCAAAUUCCCGCCAAGGAAGCUGAUGUUAUCUUGGCUCCAGUCGAGCCUCCCGGAAUGCCGUGUCAGCAAUCUUACGACUGAUUGGAAUAGUGGAGUUCUACUUUCCGCCUUGCUUGACCAUUGUAAGCCGGGAAUCUUUCCACAUUGGAAGGAAUUGAAUCGCCACGAAGCGGUCGAAAACUGUCGGAGAGCCAUGAAACUUGCCCACCGUGAGUUGCAAGUACCAAUGGUGUUGGAACCGGAGUACUUGGCUUCACCAUGGCUGGACGAACUGUCUGGUAUGACGUAUCUGUCAUAUUUCAUGAAACCAGAUUCGUCAGGAAUGAAAUCCACCUUGGACUGGGUUAAUUCAAGAUUGGAGAGACCCAUAUCUAACUUUACGACGGACUGGAACGACGGACGUGUGGCAAACGAGCUGGUGAGGUCCAUGGGAGGUCCUGCUCCUCCGGCCAGUAAACUCCGCAGAGACCCAGCCCGUUGGGAGGAGAACAACCAAAUGGCUAUAGAUGCUGCUAAAAAGCUUGGAGUUCAGCCAGUAUUAUCAGCGAAGGACAUGAGUCAAAGCGACGUGGAGCACUUAGGUGUAAUGGCUUGGGCAACGCAAUUCCGGAAUAUUCCGCCGAGGCCGCCCGUCCACGACAUGUUGCGGGUCGCACUCGAUUCCACUUCGGGGAGAGUGGGAGAACCUACAUACAUUAAAGUUCAGAGCGUAUCAAAAGACUUGUCAAUGUCGGAUGUAAAGGUGUUAAUUGUGAAUCCACUUGAGCAAGAAUCCAGGUUAAAGCUCGAUUCGAGAGGCGCCGGGGAAUUCGUACCUGAGCACGCUGGCAUGCACGAGAUAGUUCUUGUUGUUGAUGAUAUACGUGUGGAUGGGAGAUAUUUCUUUAGAGUUCUGCCAAGAUUGGUGUCGGUCCCACCUCCUGGUAUGGCUCCUUGCGCAGCUGGGAGCCUGGUAGAAGUGUUGGUUAGCGCGACAGGUGCCCCGCGUCGCCAAGAUAUUGACGUGACAGCUCAUUCGCCUAGUGGUAGAGCUGUUCCAUUAGAAGCCAGGCACCCUCCGCCUUCAGCAGCUGGCACCACAGCGUCCAGCGCCACCUUCCAGCCCGAUGAAGCCGGCACAUGGACCAUAGCUAUUACGUACAAGGGCGAGCAUAUCCAGGGAGGUCCAUUUACAUGUGAAGUAUUCGACCCAGCGGGUGUUCGUCUGAGCCCCGGUGCGUUAGAAGGCGCCGAUGCCCUGAAACCACACUCCUUCGAAUUGGACACAAGUGGGUGCGGUGUCAAAGGUGACCUACAACUCGACAUAGUGCAUGACAAGCGAAGUGUUAUGUGUGCACUUGAGAAGUUAUCGCCGACCAAAUAUAGGGCGACCUUCAUGCCGAAAGCUACGGGGAAACAUAGGCUAUAUAUAUAUUUCAACGGUUACGAUGUUCACGGAUCACCGCAUGUGUUCCGUGUGGGGUCAAAGUCUAAAAGGCUGAGAGAUAGCGCCAGCCCCUCGCCAUAUGCGGGAAUGUCAAGUCCAGUUACGCGCUUAAGAUCAGAAAGUCCGCAGAUAUAUGAAUCGAAUUCGAGUAAAUACGGCCGACGCGAUGACUACAAAGACACCAGAGAGAAAUCAUUUGACGUCACCGACACAUAUUCAAGGAUUAAUAAGGACAAAGCAGAAAGUCCUUUAUAUAGGACCACUAGUCCUUUACGCAGAACGCCGAAUUACGAAGAACGUGACUAUUACAACACAAAAGACGCCACCGAUUCAUAUUCAAGAAUGAAUAAAGAAUAUAAAACUGAUAGUAACAGGACAACUCCUAUACGCAGAACGCCAAAUUUUGAAGAACGUGACAUGUACAAUAGUAAAGACGCCACCGAUUCAUAUUCGAGAAUUAAUAAAGAAUAUAAAACAGAUCAUAACAGAACAACUAGUCCUGUACAAAGAACGCCGACUUUUGAAGAACGCGAUUUAUAUAAUACAAAAGCCGCCACAGAUACAUAUUCAAGGAUUAAUAAAGAAUAUAAAACAGAUCAUAACAGAACAACUAGUCCUGUACAAAGAACGCCGACUUUUGAAGAACGCGAUUUAUAUAAUACAAAAGCCGCCACAGAUACAUAUUCAAGGAUUAAUAAAGAAUAUAAAACAGAUCAUAACAGAACAACUAGUCCUGUACAAAGAACGCCGACUUUUGAAGAACGCGAUUUAUAUAAUACAAAAGCCGCCACAGAUACAUAUUCGAGAAUUAAUAAAGAAUAUAAAACAGAUCAUAACAGAACAACUAGUCCUGUACAAAGAACGCCGACUUUUGAAGAACGUGACUAUUACAACACAAAAGACGCCACCGAUACAUAUUCAAGGAUUAAUAAAGAAUAUAAAACAGAUCAUCACAGAACAACGAGUCCUGUACAAAGAACAUCCAGUCCUAUACGCAGGGCAACCAGUCCUUCCCACAGAACAUCCAGUCCAAUUACGUCUAAAUAUUUGGGUUCUCGGCUCGAUAGUGCGCAUAGAGCGACCAGCCCGUUUGCAACUUCGCUAACUAGAGACAGCCCUUUGAAACCUACCAGUCCAAUUAACCGUGUCAGCAGUCCCACUGAGCGAUACAGCCCAGUGACGACAACUAAGAGGGUAGUUGAAAAACGUUCGAAUUACAAAAUGUACAGUUCGUACAGCGGAUCGCAAGACAACAUCGAUCACAGCCCUUUGUCAUCAUUGGAAAAUGAGCGAUCGAGGCGAUACGGCAGUCCAGGUGGAGAUGGCAAUGAAGCGGAUCCAGGUGGAAAGAACUCGUGGGAUUCCGUGGAAAGAACAAGACAGAUGCUCACGAAAAAUAGUUUGGACACAGACCGCCACGGGCAGAGUACGUUAGAACGUGAGACACAACGAAACACCCAACUCAACAAGUUUAGCGAUUUGUCGCACGACGCGUUCAACCAACAGUUGGAUCGAUUGGCCGAUGAAAGGGAAUCCGACACUUACACACAUAAAGAGUUUAAACGCGAAGUUCGCGAGAGCUCCUACGUGGUUCGCGACUCUUCCUUCAGCAGUAUGGAGGAGAAGCGUCAGGAACAGCAGUCUUUUUUAUCCAAUAGGCCCCCCCGCGACCCUACCGGGGGGGCCAAUUCUGAGACGGACGCAGCCCAUGUUCGUUUCAGACCAAUUCAAAGGGAUAAUAGAGGAGCAAAAGGAAUAGUAAUAAAACCAUCUUACAAAGGAGUUUUGGGACAGCCCGUCGAGUUUAUAGUAGACGCAAGCGGCGCUGGUCCUGGUCAACUGGAGCUUGAAGUAUCUGGCGGUAAUGGAUCCUUAGUGGCCAGCUCUGUCAGGUCUCUCGGUGGUAAUCGAUACAAUGCGGCAUUCACGCCGACGGUACUCCGGCCGCAUAUCGUACGGGUCACAUUUAACAACGAACAUGUACCAGGGUCUCCGUGGGAAGUCGACGUGAUGGCAGGACCGGUGGGGGGCGGGGGCGAGCCCACCCGGCUGAUCCCCGCACGGGUACCGGCCGUUUUUGAAAUAUCUACCGCGCAUGGGGACAACACAUUUACUAAGAAUGAGGUUGGUGUAACUGUCACAGCUCCAUCAAGACGUCUGGUGACAUCCAGAGUUUUGGAUGUGGCAGAAAGACCUGGGGUUUUCAGAAUCGAGUUUACGCCAGAUGAAGUUGGAACGCACCUAAUUGAUGUAUCAAUUGGUGAUGAAAAACUAGCCGCCGGUCCACUGAUUGCCAAAGUAUACGAUGCGAGCCUCAUCAAAGUGACCGACGUGGGAAACGCACUCGUUGGACAACAAAGCCAAUUUAGAGUCGAUGCAAGCGCUGCGGGUGAAGGGCAAUUAGAAAUUUCAAUCAACGAAGGGGAAGUUCCUAAUCAUGUACAAGUGGUGGGUGGAGGUCGUUGCCUUGUUUUUUGGAGGCCUGAAACACCGACGCCUCAUCGUGUUGACAUUAAAUUUAAUGGAGAGCCUGUGCCCUCCUCGCCUUUUGUAUUCCACGUGGCACCUGCGCAAAGAGUCACUAUUGAUACCACGCAAAUAGAACUCAUACCUGUUGGAGAACUGGUAUCAUGUUCAGUACGAGUGGAAGGCUCUGGAGGUGGAGAGCUAAAUGUUACGGUCAAAGGACCAAGAGGCGAAGUCCCCGUUCGUCUAACUGGAGAUGUAGUCUCUGGUCUGGUGGCCAGUUUUACCGCCAAAAACGUCGGUCCACAUACACUUACUGCGCAUUAUAACAAUCAAGCAGUCCCAGGCACCCCAUUUAUAUGUAAAGCAUAUGAUAGCAAGCUAGUUAGUGUGACAGGAGGAACAUUAGCCCGUAUGGGUGUGCCUGUACAGUUGGCAGUAGAUGCAGCCCAGGCUGGGGAAGGAAACCUAGAAAUUACUGUGGCUGCUAGAGGCCUUAACAUUCCAACUCAGGUGCAUCCACAGGGCAAUGCAAGAUUCACUGUCUCCUUUACGCCUACUGAAGCGUGUGAACAUGUUGUAAAUGUGUCAUUUAAUAAAAUGAGAGUGCCAGGUUGUCCUCUAGUCAUUGAUGUGUCUGAAGGUGGUGUGAGUGGUGCCAGAGUGACGAUACCAGGUCCAGUGCCACUUCAUCAGCCAACAUUCCUUACCUUACAUCAUUCCACCGCUACUUUAGAACAAAUUGAAGUCAAUGUUGAAGGUCCAAAUGGGGCUUCGGUCCCGGCUGCGGUCUCAGCGGCUGGUGCUGGCACGUUUCGAGCGGAAUUUGUACCGAGAGCUGUUGGCGAACAUCGCUUGAAUGUUCUUGUCGAUUCUCAACCGAUACCGGCCAGCCCGUUCCACCUGAAGGUGUAUGAUGUAACUGCGAUACGGGUUAAGGAUGUUGCCCAUGGUACAGUCGGGAAACCUGUCACAUUUUUAGUUGAAACAAUGGCCGCUGGGCCGGGAAAUCUAGAAGUCACCGUCAACGGUGGUAGAGUACCAACCGCUGCUGCAGCUCAGGGCGCCCACACAUACGCCAUCAGCUUCACCCCAAGAGAUCCGAGACCUCACACUGUAGAGUUGAGAUUUAAUGGCGAUCAUGUGCCUGGCAGUCCAUUCGUGUGCCACGUGUCAGCGCCGGCCCGCGUAAUAGGCGCUGGUUCGGGGGAAUCCCCGGACAAAGUAUCAGUGGGCGAUGCGUAUACGUUCAGCGUGGACUCGCCCGCCUCGCCACACGUGGAAGUACUUGGACCAGCUCGAAGACCGGUUCCAGUGCAGGUAUCGGCCGAUGAUACGAUAGGUGAAAACGAAGCGAGUAAACGGUAUACUGUAUCGUUUGUACCCGUCGACGUUGGAGACCAUAGUAUUGAAGUGCGCGCAGGCGCAAUGGGCGGGCACGUAGAGGGGAGUCCGUUCCUAGUCAAAGCGUAUAGCGCAGCCCGAGUCUCCGUCACGGACAUAUCGCCGGGCACCGUCGGUCGACCGAUAUCCUUCACCAUCAACGCCUCCCAUGCCGGUGCUGGUAAUUUGGAAAUAAUCGUUGCUGUGGCCGGUAGGAAUGUGCCGAACUUUGUGCAAAGCGAAGGAAACGCGAGGUUUAAGGUGAAUUUCAAACCAACGGAGGCGGCUCCACACACGUUAUCCGUUCGUUUCAACGGACACGCCGUACCCGGCUCGCCGUUUACGUGCAUCGUGUCUGCGCCCGCCAAUGCACCAGAUGCGCGUGCGUCGGGCCCGGGUCUCACCUCGGCUGCUAGAGGAGAGAACACCGAAAUUAAUUUAACUGGAUUCCACUCAUGCGAGCCAACAGUAUCUCUAACCGGUCCAGGCGGAGCGAACGUACGUACGAACGUAAAUUCCAUGGGAGAAGGCCGUUACACAUGCACGUAUACGCCCGAGGUGGUUGGACGUCACAGCGUGCACGUGCAAUGUGGGGGAAGGCAUGUACCUGGAUCACCGUUCGUCUGUAAUGUAUACGAUGUGCGACGGGUACGUGUCACUGGAUUGGGACCUGGAGAACUAGAAGGAACCCUGGAAGGCCUGAAUCUAGAUGAGAGUGGGGAGGAAGAACGCGGCGUUGAAGUUGGCAAACCUGUUACCUUCAGUGUGGAUGCUGCGGGGGCUGGUGAAGGGACCCUUGAACUGGUGGUGUCUACGCCUUCCACCACUGUUAAGGCAGAGGUGGUAGCUGUAGCUCGUGGCCUAUACGAUGUGACCUUCGUGCCCGUGUCACGUGAACCGCAUAGAGUCUCCGUGACCUUCAACGAACAAGCUGUUCCAGGAAGCCCUUUCAUAUGCAGGGUCAACGAGCCACACACAUAUGUGCAAAUAGGAACGACAGCUACAAUAGAAAUAGACGAAAACCUGACAGAUGUAGAAGUUCUAUCUCCGACUGGUACCAGGGUCGCAGACGUUUUUGAAGAUGAGGGAAUCGUCACAUUCCCCGUGUCCCGAAUCGGGAGAUACGUCAUCCGCAGCCCUCGAGGGUCCGUCGCUGAGGUGGAGGCCCUGGAUCCAUCAGCAGUUAAGGUUCUAUCUAUCGGAGAGGCUCUAGCGCAUCGUCCAGCUAUUAUUACUGUAAGCACAAGCAGUGCUGGUAGCGGGCGUCUUUCAGCUCGCGUGACCAGCUGUGGGCGAACAGUCCCACAUUCGGUGCGGAGGAGGGGCGGCUCCAGGACAGAGCUGGUGUGGCAUCCGGCCAGGGCGGCUCCCCAUAGGAUCACCUUAUUGUGGAGUGGGAUACCAAUUGCGAGGGAGGCUCUGAUGGUGGAUGUGAUGCCUGGUCAUCAUGGACAGGAGGUAUCAGCAUCUGGUCUCGGCCUGUACCACGGUCAAGUGAGUCGCGUCUCUUCCUUCAGCAUCGACACUUUGGGUCGCGCGGCUCGCGAGUUCGACGUCGUGGUAUCGGGGCCCGGGACCAGAGCGUUACCCGUUCGCUGCUAUCAAACCAAAUCUGGAUUGCUUCAGGCCGAGUUCACCAUAACCGAAGUCGGGCAGAGUACUAUAGAGGUACUGCAUCUAUCGAAGCCAAUCACGGGCAGCCCGUACACAUGCGAAUCGUUCGAUCCUAACAAAGUCAUAUUAUCUGGAUUGCCAACUGGAAAUUUGAUCGCUCACACACCUAUUAAUUUUACUGUUGACACAAAAGACGCGGGUGUGGGUGAAUUAGACGUGCUCUGUGAAGCAAUGGGGAAGCGACGCGUGCGCCUACCCGUUGACAUAAGGGAAGAUGGGACUCUGUACAAAGUGCGAUUGAGGCCGACGAUGCCCGCUCAUUACAGGAUAUAUGUUACAUAUGGAGGUGCAAGUGUCCCCGGAAGCCCGAUGUCCCUUGGAGUGCUAAGCUCCCGCGCAAGUAUAGCAGCCAAAUGUUCGGGAACGGGACUUGCGCACGCGCACGUUGGCAAAGAAGCGGCCUUUACCAUACACUGUGUAGAUGAUACGCCACCCACUGUUCAGGUGGAAAGACUAGAAGGCAAGGAAGAUGAGACGGACUCCGGGUUGCUAGAGUGCAGGGUGACGGCGGGUGCUCCUCGGGAGUGGUUGUGCGCGUACAUACCACUCGUGGUGGGACAGUAUGAAGUGAGGAUAUUCCUACCAUCAGGACCAUUGCCUGGAAGCCCAUUUUCUGUCAAGGUCAUAGACACAUCGGCGAUAGUAGCUGUGGGUGGGUGGGGAACAGACAACUCGGGAAGAGUUCGAGCUCCCUCAAAACUGGUUUUGGACACAAGCAACGCUGGACCUGGAACCCUGGAGUGUUUAUUGGCUGGGAGACAUCAACGCGUUGAAACAGUAUCCGGCCGUGCUGUUGUAACACUAACAGCACCUGAGGGCGUUAGUGGUGAACAAGAGUUGGAGCUAACGUAUAACGGGGCGUUAGUUUCCGGAGCACCGAGGAGAGCGUUAGUUGCUUCUGGGAACACGGCGGAUAGGGUCACGUUGGCAGGUCGGGGAUUGGCUCAUGCGGCACCUCAUACACCCGCCGUUUUUACUAUUGAUGGCAGUGCAGCGGGUCUUGGCUCUCCCGAAGCGUCACUAAACUCUCCAGACGGAGAGUCCGUUCCCGUGGCGUUGACAGCUGCAGGGCCCGGUCUGUGGAGGGCCACGUACACACCCAGAAGAGCUGGAGAUCACCAUUUGAGGGUUCUAUGGGCUGGACGACUUGUUAAAGGUUGCCCCCUAACUGUAAAAGUAAGCGCUGGUUCCGAAAGCGGAGAUGCCUCCAAGGUGGUCUGUUCCGGGGCAGGAUUGACAGGAGGAGUUGUUGGUAGAGAUAUUCGAUCCUGGAUAGACACGCGUCGAGCCGGCCCUGGCGAGCUCACUGCGCAUUGUUCUGGCCCUAAUAAGGUGGCUUACUGCGAGCUAUACGAACACGGCGACGGUACGUUCACGUUAAACGUGAAGCCAGCCGAAGCGGGCAAACACGUGCUCAGCGUACAAUUCGCCGGCGAACACGUUCCCGGCUCGCCCUUUACCCUCAAGGUGGCUGGAGCUCCUGAUCCGUCAAAGGUCCGUGUAUACGGCCCAGGCAUCGAAGCGGGUGUGUUAGCGACUUUUCAAUCUCGUUUUAUUUGCGACACUCGCGGGGCAGGCGCAGGCCAACUGACCGUCAGAGUUCGAGGGCCCAAAGGCGCCUUUCGCGUUGAGAUGCAAAGGGAAAACCAGAAGGACCGGACUAUAUUGUGCAAGUUUUCUCCCACCGAACCGGGUGACUAUCGCGUUGAAGUCCGUUGGGCUGGUCGCCAUGUCCCUGGCUCCCCAUUCCCCGUCAUGAUAUUCGAUACACAGGAGGAAUUACGCAGAUAUCUGCAGGCCACCGCUGCCUAACCACUAGUUAUUGGUAAACAUAUUGUAAUAAUUCUAAAAAUUGUAUUUGGUAGAAUGUAAAAAAAAUUGGGACUUUUUUAGAAGGUUCAAAAAUUAAAAAUAUUUGAUUAUUUAGUAUAAAUAAUUCGGAGGAAGAAAUCUCUAUGGUAUUUGUAAAAAUUAUUGAAAUUAAAGUAUUCAAAAAAUCCCGAGAAUGUUAUGUUAAAUGUUUAAAAUCAAUUAAAUAUAUCAAUAAUGCUUUAUACUUGCGGUACGCUUGCAGUGCAUACAUUCCGUCCGGUUAUCGACCAAAAUUUUAUAUGGAAAAUAAAUGAUAUUAAAUCACAUGUUAA